AUGGCUGCGCAUGAGAUCCAACAGCGCCGCGCCGACUGCAGCUGCAACGCUGCAUAUGCAUCAGCGCCUGUCUUCGCCGCGUCUGGGCCCGGCGCCGAACAGCAGGACUCGGGGUGGCUGCGCGUGCUGCGCGUGCUGGUCGUGGACGCUGUGCACAGAGGGGCGGCCGACGUACAUCGUCCAUGA